GGGUCAGUAAACCGGUAGCUCCGGCAGCUUAUAUUUGAGACCGCCAUCUUUGUCACUUACAUAUSCAAAGACAAUCCUGUUCCAUCCGACGCUAGGAUUGCCUGUGGAUAGACUUUGAUAAUAUCAUUAGCAACUAGAUACAACACAGAAACUUCCUAGGGAAUGGCUGACACAGAAAAAUUAAAUGUUGAUAGUAUUAUAGGUCGACUUUUAGAAGUUCGAGGGUCUCGGCCUGGGAAGAAUGUCCAACUUACUGAAGCAGAAAUCCGAGGACUGUGUUUGAAAUCAAGAGAAAUAUUCCUAAGUCAACCAAUCCUUCUGGAACUCGAAGCACCCCUCAAAAUCUGUGGAGAUAUCCACGGACAGUAUUACGAUCUUCUGCGACUCUUCGAAUACGGUGGAUUUCCUCCAGAAUCGAACUAUCUCUUCCUUGGCGAUUAUGUCGACAGAGGCAAACAGUCCCUGGAAACCAUAUGUCUUCUCUUAGCCUACAAAAUCAAGUAUCCAGAGAAUUUCUUCCUUCUUCGAGGCAACCACGAAUGUGCUAGUAUCAACCGUAUCUACGGAUUUUACGAUGAAUGCAAACGCCGGUACAAUAUCAAGUUAUGGAAAACUUUCACUGAUUGUUUCAACUGUCUCCCUGUUUCUGCGAUCUUAGAUGAGAAAAUUUUUUGCUGUCAUGGAGGUCUUUCCCCCGAUCUUCAGUCGAUGGAACAGAUUCGAAGAAUAAUGCGUCCUACAGACGUACCAGAUCAAGGUCUUCUCUGUGAUCUUCUAUGGUCAGAUCCYGACAAAGAUGUCCAGGGAUGGGGGGAAAAUGACAGAGGUGUCUCAUUUACAUUUGGCCCAGACAUUGUAGCCAAGUUUCUACAUAAACACGAUUUAGACCUUAUAUGCAGAGCACAUCAGGUUGUAGAAGAUGGAUAUGAAUUCUUUGCAAAACGUCAACUAGUAACAUUAUUUUCUGCACCAAACUACUGCGGUGAAUUUGAUAAUGCUGGUGCAAUGAUGAGCGUAGAUGAAACAUUAAUGUGCUCCUUCCAGAUCCUUAAACCAGCUGACAAGAAGAAAUUCCCAUAUGGCGGACUUAAUUCUGGRCGCCCGGUAACCCCACCUCGAGGACAACAGGCCAAAGCCAAAAAGAAAUAGAAGUAUUGCCCUUCACAUGCGAUUCCCUUUGUGUAAUAUAAAAGAACUCUUCUUUGUAAAUCAUUUGGAAUAUUCUUUCAACCAUGAAAUCAACUAUAAUAGACAUCUACAAUACAUUUCCAAUUCACGUCCGUAUGAUAUAACAGUGUACAAAGAAAACACCUACCUCUUGGAAUGAUUUAUCAGAUGCUCAAUACCCCAGAUAUUAUUAUUAUUAUAACAUUAGUCAUAGUUUUCAAGGGACUAGCAGUGUAACAAGUAAUAAAAUAUGUAAAUAGUUUAUUACAAUUGCUGGGGGAAUUAUUACUAUAAUCUGUUUCAGUCGGUGAAAGUUUCUAGAAUAUAACCUGUGUAUUUGAUAUCCUUUGAAAUAUUUUAUUUACAAUUGUGAGGGUUAUUUUCUUGUUGGUCAACAUUGAAAUGUUUGAUUUAUUUAGCCUCAGAACUUAAAAUUUAAAGUCUUAAGGUUUGGUUUUACAGGCAGAAAAAAACAAGCAUUUGAACAUGCCAACAGUAUUAUCUAUAUUAAUUUCCAUUGAACCAACUAUUCACAUUCAUUGCUUUUCACACUAGAUGAUAUUCYGCAGCCUCUAUGAGAGUUUAAUCUUAUUACGUUAGAGUAUAACAAGUUUGCUGUCRUGAAAAGUAGAAAGUUCCUGUCUUGUGAAACAUCAAAAUUAUUAUUGCUUCAAAAGUGAUAAUAAAAAAGAGUAGAGUACAUGCAGUAAAACCAUUAAAGCCCAGGUUUGUACUGACAAAUAGUAGCUAUUUAAUGACCAAUAGUUGCUAUCACUCAACCAGAACUUUCGUUACACAAAGACAAAUACACAAGAGACCAUUUUUGUCUUUAGUGUAAUGAAUGUUCUUGUUGAUUGAUAGCAAUGGUUGCUAUUAGUCACUAAGUASCUAAUAUUUGUCAGCAUCCAUUUUGUUUUUUUAUUCAUGGUUUUGCYGAGUGCACUAUUCUUUAGAUCACUUUUAAAUUGUUGCAAAACAUAUUGCAUAAUUUUUUUGGUUGAUACCACACCUUAAACAUAAUGAAAUAAGAUUUUAUCCUUCUUGGAGGCUUUGAAAUAUCAUGUAUAUUUAAAAUAUAAUUAUUGAUGGAUCGCAUUUCCAAUAACAAAGUACUCGAUACAACCAAUUUUAGAGAUAUAUUUUGGUUAACACUUAAUGAACACUGUAUUUAUAUUGUGUUUCAUUAAUAAUUAUAUAUUAAAUAAUCCUCGGUUUUGGCAUAGAAUUUUUUAAAUAUUGUAUGUAUGUAUUAUUUUUCAACUCAUCUUUAUUUUGCUUUUAGUUUAAGAUUAUUAAACAGAUUUGUGCAGUAACAGAAACAGAAUUUAAAGAGAUUCUACUUAAUUUUGAAUCUCGAUUACAAGAAAAAAUGUUUUUGAUAACAGACUGUAAUCCUAAAUUUCGACUAUUCUGUCAUUGCUGAAGUCCUUGAUGUCAAAACAGUGGUUUUGAAAAUUGGACYGACAAUGAAACCAUUUCUAACACUCCUUUUUAUCAUGGAUCAUUUUAUAGAUCCAUGGUAUCUUGUAACUCGUGGUGUGCGACUAAAUUCCAAGUAUUGGAAAUGUGAAAUGGAUAUUAUGCAGUCGACAGAAUGUCAAAAAAAUAACCCYCAGUUUUAGCAUAUGUGCAAGACAAACUUAAUGCAUAUUGUGUUAUUUUUUUGUGUGUUUUUAUUUUUGUUUAUUAGUGUAAGCAAAAGCACUAGAAUUACAUUGUCUUCUCUAAAGGCUUUCCUCUCUAGAAUACACCUUUGGUAAGCUGUCAAAUUGAGAAUAUAAGUUGCUUCUUUCCAAUUAUAUGCAUUCAUCACAGUCUUGGCUACAUCACUGACAGGGAUUCCUAGCACAAAAAGAGAGAAACCCCUUUAGAGAAAGCUGAAMCUGUAGGCCUUAAAUCUAUCAUCCUAAUACUAUUAUUUGUACAGUCAUAUAUAUGAGUUAAUGUAAUUGAUUAAAGUUUUACCUUAAAGUGG